GCUUAGCCGAGCGAGCGUUGCCGGAAUGGGUACCAGUCCCUUGCAAACAGGAGCUGCAAGUCCAUGCCCGAACCACCCCGGUUAGGGAGGCCAUUUUCAUUGAACAAAUGGUGCUCACUGCUCAAGGCCUUCUGAUUUCUCUAGCUGCACCAUCAUUUCGUUCCUCCCAUGCCUAUUAGGGCGUCGCCCCCUUGUGCUACCUUCUCCACGAUCCAUCAUCAUGUCUCUCCUGCCUCUCCACUUCACGUUGGACAAGUAGCAAACUAACAGGUCAAAGAAUUUUUUUUGGUCUGCCAACCUGCACUACUUGUGGAUCCGCUUAUUUUUAGCACUACAAUUAGAAAAGGUAUCAAUUACGUUGACCCGCACCCGGAUGCCGACUCAAGGAACAGACCCGCAGGACGUGGGCAGAGGUGGUGGGGGCCCUGUGGUGCCCUUGAGGCUGCUGUGGUUUGGGGAGGCCGCAGUGAUAGCAUUUGGCAAGGUUUUCCUAAGCGGGCUACAAACCGUCCUGAAGGAGGUGGGAGGCGUUGUCAAGGAUGCCUUUCGUGGUUGGAGUGUGGAGUUUUCCACUCGACACUUUGUUCGCAUCUUGGUGUCUUUGAACCCGUCCCUGUCACAGCACCAACAGGAGCGCCUUCUGGUUAUCAGCCACCGCGCGCUCGAUCAACUCUUCUGGCAACAGGGCAAUGUCGACAGCAGAGUCAUCAGGGGCAUCAUUGCAAUUGCCUGUCCGAACGAGGACACCGCCAGCCUUUUCAACAGCUUGGUGGACACAAUAGCCGGGCUUAGAAGGGUCGAGCCGCCAGAAGCCACCGCUUCGAGCAAUGGACAAGGAGGUGACGCCAGUAGCAGUGGAAGCUUUGAACCCUCGGCACCGCCUUUGGAUCCUCGUCGAGAGAGAGAGCUGUUUGCUGCGCCAGCAUCUUCCAGUCAGGACGCCCCUUAUUCCGAGGACCGCUGCGUUCUGCAAAUUCUGAGGAAGUUCGGCAUUCAGGACUCCCGAUUGCGAGGCAUGUCCCCAGCGGUCCGGAUGGCGGUCCUUGAGGCUUUGACAGGAGACGCUGCUGCAGCGGUGGCAGACCACCUGUUGAUGGUCAAAACGGGCGACACAGGGGCGCGCCCUUCCGCGCCUCCUCCCCCGCCCAUGUGUAGUAUAACCCUUGAACCACUUUUAACAUCGGAGGGUGUUAUCUCACCCGAUGUCCUUGCGAUCGUUCAAUGGCAGGAAGGGACACGCAAGGCUCACGCGUAUUUGUACAGAGGGUCUGCCCUACAGUCGUGGAUGAGUGCUUCCGCGCGACCUACGAAUCCCGAGACGCGGUCCCAGAUAAGACCCGAGGACUUGUAUAGGUUAUCGUGAGUCCAUGUUGCUAUGAGUUCCAUACGUCAACAAAGACUCUAACAGACGAAUGCUGAGAGCCGGAAGAAACAGCUCAAAGGUACUGGUCCGUAGAUGUAUAUUACAAUCGAUUUUGGCUCAAGGUCACAGAGCCCACGUUAAUGUCCAAGUCACAGCUGUUUAUUAUGAGCGAUCCUUGUUAUCUUUAAAGACGGGAAUUUUGUGCAGAUCAGCCGGAUUUUUUUAUUAGAUCAAGGCAAAGCUGAC